GAUUGGCUAAACUAGGCGACAUGCCGAGUGAUACAUGUCCUCUGCAUGUCUCCUAGUUUAGCUACCCUGAGAGAGAUUGUAGCGCACGACAAAUCUUGUACCAGCGACAAAGAAAUGUUUUUCGGAUAGAUUCGUGAGAUUCGUGUCGCGGUAUUACAUGUUUUUGGUACUGGCUAAACUAGGAAACAUUUAAAAGACAUGUCGCACGCUACAUGUCACGCUCGACAUGUCGCCUAAUUUAGCCAGGCCUUACCCUGUUAACUGCGAGGGUAAUCGUCUUGAACUUUCUGUCAAUAAAGUACAGCAAGCAAGGUCGACAUUCGUGUUAUGGCUUGUCAAGUGCCUAGCACGGCGGUUCUCAAAUUGCCUCCUCUAAUUCUGAGCUGAGCUUCAGGAGUUGUUGUAUGUAGUAUACGAUGGCUGAGAUCAGCGUGCUUGAAGGAUGUUUUGCCCAACUCGGCGAAGCCCCUCACUGGGACGAGCAAAGCAGUAAGCUGGUCUAUGUUGACAUCCUAGGCAAGAGUGUUCACCUAUAUGAUGCUGCUACCGGCAAGGAUACUAAGUAUGAUUUCGACGAUACUGUUGGGGCAGCCGUACCACGAAAGACGGGGGGAUCUGUGGUGGUGUUAUGUGGACGAAGCUACACGUAUUUGGAUCUAGAGACAGGAAAGAAAGAAGUUGUUGCUACUGUUGACGAGGACAAACCGAAUAAUCGUUUCAAUGAUGGAAAAUGCGACCCUGCUGGACGCUUCUGGGCAGGGAGUAUGGGACCCGAACCACGUGCGACUGAGGUUGUACCGGAACAGGGGUCACUGUUUUGUUUGCAUGCUGACGGGGCUGUGACCAAACACGAUUCAAAGAUAACGAUUUCUAAUGGACUGGGCUGGAGCCCAGAUAACAAGACCAUGUAUUUUAUAGACUCAAUACCAGCAAGGUGUGUAUAUGCGUACGACUUUGAUAUGCCCACCGGAUCAAUCAGCAACAGAAGAAUCGCAGUGCAGGUCGACCCGCUGUACGGGGUGCCAGACGGGAUGAGUGUGGAUUCGGACGGGAUGUUAUGGGUUGCAAUGUACAAUGGCGGAAAGGUUGUCCGUUAUGAUCCAAGUAAUGGCAAAGAAUUGUCAGUCAUUGAGUUCCCCGUCUCCAAGACAACGUCAUGUUGUUGGAUGGGCCCGGACUAUGAUCAGCUGAUAGUCACAAGUGAAAGGUGCAGACUGUCCCAGGAGGAGAAGGACGCUCAGCCUUUGGCAGGGUCUGUCUUCCGAGUAAAGAACCUAGGGGCUAAAGGUCUACCAAGCAUUCCCUUUAAUGGUUAGGAGAAAAGAUUAUAAUUUGUUUUAAGGGAUCAUAAACAUACACCAGUAUCAGAAGUAGAUUAAUGUAAAUGAUCUUUAUUGGUUUUCAAGUUAUAAAGCAAACAUCAUUUUAUAUUUUACCAAUAAAUGUAAUAGAUCUAAUGACAGGUGAGUGACAACUAUUGUAAUGGCUAUGGCUAAACACUGUUCUAGUUGGAGCAGGGAUAAUUAAAAAUAGCUUCUACUGCUUA